AUGCGGCGCCAUGCUGCUGCCCUCUCUCGCCCAGGCUCUGCAGAAGGCCUGCAGGGGCCUUUGGCCUUUUCCGGCAACUGGGAGUCCUCAGAGACGCAGCAGAGAGCCCCUUCUUUGCCCUCUUUCGGGAGCCUGGCUGCGGAGCUGCAGCAAGAGCUGAACAACGCGCAGAGCCACCUGCUGCGGUUUGCCCAGGUGUUUGAACUUGUGGGAAACGCCGCUGGCGACUCGCCAGCAGAAGACCCUAUGAAGAUCCGGCCAGUGUCUUCGGUGGGCAGCAAAGCUCUCGGGAACUUUUUGAAUUGGAAAAAGAAAUCCAAUUCUUUUUCUCAGGAGGUCCAGAGGGAAGUGGAGGCUGCCCGCGAGGCCCACACGGAAAACGACGACUUCAACGACUGCUUCCUGCUGCUGCUGCCCUCAGCGCUGCAGCAGAGAACGCGCAGCCUGGGGCUUCUUCAGCAGCUGCUGAGGACCCCUGCUGAGCCAGCGGGGAGGCUCCGGGACCAGCAGCAGCUCCUACAGCAGCAGACACUGCAGCAGCAGACAAUGCAGCAGUAG